CUUUUUAAAUGGUCCAAGAAAACGACAGAACCGGACUCUUCAAUUAUUUGUUCAUUUGGACUCAAACCGGAGGAGGAAAAUCAAAAAUGAAACAUUUCAAUCUGUUAUCCAUUAUUCUGGUUAUCGUUUUGGCGACAAGCUACAUUGAUGCCUUCACCAGAAACGAUUUUCCAGAGGAUUUCCUCUUCGGAGCCGGUACUUCUGCUUAUCAGUGGGAAGGAGCUGCUAAUGAAGACGGAAGAACUCCUAGCGUCUGGGAUACAACCUCCCACUGUUAUAAUGGAAGUAAUGGAGAUAUAGCAUGUGAUGGGUAUCACAAAUACAAGGAAGAUGUUAAGUUGAUGGCAGAAAUGGGCUUAGAAUCAUUCAGAUUCUCUAUCUCCUGGUCAAGACUUAUACCUAAUGGAAGAGGACGCAUUAACCCAAAAGGUUUAUUGUUUUACAAGAAUCUCAUCAAAGAGCUACGAAGCCAUGGAAUCGAACCUCACGUUACACUUUACCACUACGAUCUUCCUCAGUCUCUUGAAGAUGAGUAUGGAGGAUGGAUCAACCACAAAAUCAUAGAAGACUUUACAGCUUUUGCAGAUGUAUGCUUCAGAGAGUUUGGGGAGGAUGUGAAGUUAUGGACUACAAUCAACGAAGCUACAAUCUUCGCCUUUGCUUUUUAUGGCAAAGACGUUAGGUAUGGAAAUUGUACUACAGGAAAUUAUUGUAUGGAAACAUAUAUUGCAGGCCAUAACAUGUUGCUAGCUCAUGCCUCUGCUUCAAAUUUGUAUAAACUAAAGUACAAGAGUAAGCAAAGAGGAUCCAUAGGCCUUAGUAUAUUUGCAUUGGGGUUAACUCCUUAUACAAACUCCAAGGACGAUGAAAUCGCAACUCAAAGAGCUAAAGCUUUCCUCUAUGGAUGGAUGUUGAAGCCUUUGGUAUUUGGGGACUAUCCGGAUGAAAUGAAGAGAACCUUGGGAUCGAGAUUACCGGUUUUCUCAGAGGAAGAAUCAGAGCAAGUUAAAGGAUCAUCUGACUUUGUAGGAAUUAUACAUUACACGACAGUUUAUGUCACAAACCAGCCCGCACCUUAUAUCUUUCCCAGCAGCACUAACAAAGACUUCUUUACAGACAUGGGCGCGUAUAUUAUCUGUAUGCCAAGUUUAUUUUCAUCACUAUUCAAUCGAUUUUUUUUUUUGAAACUCUCUUUAAUUUAUAAGUCUUCUUCUUUGGACAGCCACUGGGAACUCUUCAUCAUUCGUGGUAAGGUCCUGCAAUUCUGCAGAAACAUAUUGACAUAUGUACUUAUGCCAAAACCUUUUGUUCUAUUUUGAAGUUUGAUGCUGUUCCAUGGGGUCUGGAAGGUGUUCUUCAGCAUAUAAAGCAUCGCUAUAACAAUCCUCCAAUCUACAUUCUUGAAAAUGGUUCACCGAUGAAACACGAUUCGAUGCUACAAGACACACCAAGAGUUGAAUACAUUCAAGCUUACAUUGGUGCUGUCCUCAACGCUAUCAAGAGUGGAUCGGACACGAGAGGUUACUUCGUAUGGUCGCUGAUAGAUUUGUUUGAGGUACAGGUUGGAUAUAAAAGCAGCUUCGGAAUGUACUAUGUCAAUUUUAGCGAUCCUGGUCGCAAGAGGUCGCCAAAGCUCUCUGCUUCUUGGUACACUGGUUUUCUCAAUGGUACAAUUGAUGUUGCUUCUCAAGAUAUGACUCAGUUGCAGAGAAAUUUCUCUGGCUCUUCUUCACUGUAAUGUUAUAAUAUUAACGAUUCUGGUCUAGUUGGGAUCCUGAUUUGGUUUAAUUUCAUCAAUUCUAUGGAAAAAACUCAGUGAAUUUGCAAAUGUAUAUGGAUUCUGGACGUUUAGUAAAAUAAUAACUUUUUACGUGUUUGGAAUGAAACAAACAUUUAAA